AUGCUUAUCGUUCGUUAUUUAAUCGCCUUGGUCUUCUCCGUCUUUAUGAUGGCCACCUCGCUGAGAAUCGAGGAGCGUUAUAGACGCUCUGGAGAAUAUAAGAUCUCAACGCCAGAUCGCUUGGUAUUACAAAUGCAACAUCGUGCAGGGAAGGAUAUUCAAGUCAGGCAGCUGGAGAGAAGACGCUUAAUUGUAUAA